CUUUUCCGCCCGCUCCCCCCUCCCCCCGAGCGCCGCUCCGGCUGGACCGCGCUCGCUCUGAGCUCCGGGAUCUUGCUAAGGUAGCGCCGCCGCCGUCGUCUCCCCCUAGCCGCCAUCAUGAUUAUCUACCGGGACCUCAUCAGCCAUGAUGAGAUGUUCUCCGACAUUUACAAGAUUCGGGAGAUCGCAGACGGGCUGUGCCUGGAGGUGGAGGGGAAGAUGGUCAGUAGGACAGAGGGUAACAUUGAUGAUUCGCUCAUUGGUGGAAAUGCCUCAGCUGAAGGCCCCGAUGGUGAAGGAACUGAAAGCACAGUAGUCACUGGUGUCGAUAUUGUCAUGAACCAUCACUUGCAGGAAACUAGCUUCACAAAAGAAGCCUACAAGAAGUACAUCAAAGAUUACAUGAAAUCAAUCAAAUGCAAACUUGAAGAACAGAAACCAGAAAGAGUAAAACCUUUUAUGACAGGGGCUGCAGAACAAAUCAAGCACAUCCUUGCUAAUUUCAAAAACUACCAGUUCUUUAUUGGUGAAAACAUGAAUCCAGAUGGUAUGGUUGCUCUGCUGGACUACCGUGAGGAUGGUGUGACUCCAUAUAUGAUUUUCUUUAAGGAUGGUUUAGAAAUGGAGAAAUGUUAACAGUUUGGCAGUUGUUUGGAUCUAUCACCUGUCAUCCUACCUGGCUGCUGCUUUUCAUCCACACAACACCAGGACUUAGACAAAUGGGACUGAUGUCAUCUUGAGCUCUUCAUUUAUUUUGACCUUGAUUUAUUUGGAGCGGAGGCAUUUUUUUUUUUUUUUCUUAAGGAAAAAAAACAUGUUGUGUAGGUUGUCUAAAAAUAAAAUACAUUUAAACUCA